UUUCAUCGAGUGUAGGAAGAUGUGGAUGAGCUUGAAGUUGCUCCUGUUCGUGUGCUGUGGUUGGUGGAGUGACUGUGCCCAAGCCACCAGCUGCAACGUGACAUCUCCGUACCGAACACUGGAUGGCACCUGUAACAAUCUGCAGAACCCCAGCUGGGGUGCAGCGAACACCGCUUACGGACGCUUAAUCGACGCUGACUACGGCGAUGGCGUAAAGAGCCCCCGGAAAGCCACGGGUGGUUCCGAACUACCGAGUGCUAGGCUUCUUUCGAUGAAGCUAUUCGGAGAUGAGAAUGUACUGGAGCCAGCGUUCACGCUGCUUAGCAUGCAGUUCGGUCAACUGGUGGCCCACGAUAUGGGCUUCACGAGCGGAAGUGCCGAUAUACUGCCGUGCUGUAGUGGAGGGAAGCCUGUAUCAAAUCCUGACCCACGAUGCUACCCGAUACCGGUCGCUGCCGAUGAUCCCGUCAUGGGAUCGGCCGGAGUUCAGUGCCUCGAUUUCCUGCGAACUAUCAACGAUUGCGAUGCCGAUCCGGGCAGCUGUUCAAAGAGCAAGAAAGCGGAACAGCUCAAUCUUGCGACAUCAUUUAUCGACCUGUCGGUCGUGUAUGGAAACAGUGUGGAGGAAAACACUCCCCUGCGCCAGUUUACCGGUGGCCUGUUGAAGGUGGAAACUCGCGAUGGUUCCGAUUGGCCACCGCGUAACCCGAAUGCCAGCACCGUAUGUGUACAGCGUAAUGCCGAGGAUGCCUGCUAUCUGACCGGUGAUGGGCGUGCCAACAUUAGCCCACAUAUGGCCAUCCUACACAUCCUGUUCCUUCGGGAGCACAACCGGAUUGCAAAGCGCUUGGCAGCUCUCCACCCAGCGUGGAACGAUGAGAAGCUGUUCCAGGAGGCACGACGCAUUAACAUCGCCCAGUACCAGCAGAUCGUGUUCUACGAGUGGUUGCCGAACUUUCUUCCACUGCCGGAGAAUGGAGAUAAGCGCAGCCUGGCGAGCGUGCUUGAUCAUGAGUAUCGUGGCGAUGUGAAUCCAACAACGCUAAAUUCGAACGCCCAUGCAGCGUUCCGGUACUUCCACAGUGCCAUCGUUGCCCAACUGCAUUUGGAUCACGAGAAUCGAACGAAAGCCGGUGAGAUCAGUUUUACCGAUCAUACGCUGAAUCCUGCCAUCCUCGAAGCUCCCUGCAAGUACGCUCAGUUAUCGCGUGGUUUGGCCACUCAACCGAUGGGCCGCAUCGAUCUCAAUAUCGACCACGAGUUGAAGCACAAUCUCUUCAAGUUUGAUGCACCGUUCGGUAAUGACCUGCGAGCGAUCGACAUACAGCGGGCGCGUGAUCAUGGACUGCCCAGUUACAACCGUUUCCGCGAAUGGUGUGGUCUACCGAGGGCCGCCAAUUUUGAUGAUUUAACAUCCUUGCUACACUCACCACAGGAUGCUGCUCGAUUGGGCUCGGUGUACGCGUCGGUGGACGAUGUGGAACUGACCGUGGCCGGAUUGUUCGAGAAGCAUAUCCCCGGCACACAGGUGGGUGCAACGUUCCGUUGCAUCCUGCUGGAACAGUUCCACCGGACCCGGGUCGGUGAUCGGUUCUUCUUCGAAACAUCCGAUCCCACCGUGGGCUUCUCCAAGGAGCAGUUCAAGCAGCUGCGGAAAGCAAACAUUGCCCGGCUGUUGUGCGAUAAUACGCCCAAGCUGGACGGCAUGCAACCGAAGGCUUUUGCAGCGAUCGAUGCGGGAUCGAACAAGGUGUCGCCUUGUUCCGGUUUGUCGGAGGUCGAUCUGGAUUCAUGGAAAUAAACAACGGGCUCUUAUUCAUCGAAUGAGU